UAUUGGCUUUACAUUAUAUUGUCAGCUGUCACUUUAUUUUUGCGCGAGGCACUUUGAGAUCGGACAGCCCUUGGGACGGCUCUGCUGGCAGAAAAUAAAGACGUAGAACACGCAAUUUGUGGUAAAUUUCACCAGAUGCAGUGAAAUGGCAGAAGCCAGUAUCUCAUGGGCUGAGGAUCAGUUCUGCUGUCCAGUGUGUCUGGAUCUGCUGAAGAAUCCAGUCACGAUUCCCUGUGGACACAGUUACUGUAUGAGCUGCAUCUCAGAUGUCUGGGAUCAAGAAGAUCAGAAGGGAAUCCAGAGAUGUCCUUUGUGUAAACAGACCUUCAGUCCAAGACCUGUUUUAGGUAAAAAUGUGGUGAUUGCUGAAAUGGUGGAGAAACUGAAGAAGACGAGACUCCAAGCUGCUGGUCCUGCAGUUCAUCACACUGGAUCUGGAGAUGUGCAAUGUGACUCCUGCACUGGAAUUAAACAGAAAGCUGUGAAGUCGUGUCUGGAGUGUCAAAACUCUUACUGUCAAAAUCAUCUUGAACAGCAUGAGAAUCUCUUCAGAAGUAAAAAACACAAUCUGAUGGACGCCACUGGACGACUGCAGGAGAUGAUCUGCUCUCAACACGAUAAAUUGCUGGAAAUUUAUUGCCGUACUGACCAGCGAUGUAUCUGUAUGAUGUGUUUGGUGGAUGAACACAAAAAUCAUGACACUGUAUCAACUGUAGCAGAACGGAAAGAGAAACAGAGACAUUUUGAGGAUACACAGAGAAACAUCCAGAAAAUAAUCCAGCAGAAAGGGAAAGAUAUUCAGGAGCUGAGAGAGGCUGUGGAGUCUCAUAAGCGCUCUGCACAGACAGCAGUGGAGGACAGUGAGAGGAUCUUCACUGAACUCAUCCGCUCCAUUGAGAAAUGUUGCUCUGAGGUGAAGCAGCUGAUCAGAGAUCAGGAAAGAGCUGCAGUGAGUCGAGCUGAAGAACUACUGGAGCAACUGGAGCUGGAGCUCGAUGAUCUGAGGUGGAGAGACGCUGAGCUGAAGCAGCUUUCAGAAACACAAGAUCAUGUUCAUUUCCUUAAGAGUUUGCCGUCUGUAUCUUUCUCUGAAUCUACAGUCGACUUCACUGUCGCUAAUCAUUCUUUUGAUGAUGUAGUGAAAUCAGUCUCUCAACUCAGAGACAAACUGCAGCAGUUCUCUGUAGAUGAGGCAGAAAAGAUAUCUAAAAGAGUGAAAACCGUCCAGGUCAUUCAGACUCCUGAAUAUCAGCCCAGAGAGGAGUUCCUACAAUAUUCUCAUCCAGUGGUGCUUACAGCCAAGAAGCCCAAACCCCCAGCUCCCACCCCCGCAAGCCCAUUUGAGGGGUGGAAAACCAAACCCUUGGCCCCCACCUCCGCAAGCCCAUUUGAGGAGUGGAAGCCCAAACCCACGGGCCCCACCUCCGCAAGCCCGUUUGAGGAGUGGAAGCCCAAACCCUCGGCCCCCAAAUUUGCAAACCCGUUUGAGGGGUGGAAGUCCAAACCCCCCGCCACCACCUCUGCAAGCCCGUUUGAGGAGUGGAAGCCCAAACCCUCAGCCCCGACCUCCGCAAGCCCGUUUGAGGAGUGGAAGCCCAAACCCUCGGCCCCCAAAUUUGCAAACCCGUUUGAGGGGUGGAAGCCCAAACCCCAGGCCCCCAACUACGCAAACCUGUUUGAGGGUGGAAGUCCAAACCCCCCGCCCCCACCUCUGCAAGCCCGUUUGAGGAGUGGAAGCCCAAACCCUCGGCCCCCAAAUUUGCAAACCCGUUUGAGGGGUGGAAGCCCAAACCCCAGGCCCCCAACUACGCAAACCUGUUUGAGGGGUGGAAGUCCAAACCCCCCGCCCCCACCUCUGCAAGCCCGUUUGAGGAGUGGAAGCCCAAACCCUCAGCCCCGACCUCCGCUAGCCCGUUUGAGGAGUGGAAGCCCAAACCCCCGGCCCCCACCUCUGCAAGCCCGUUUGAGGGGUGGAAGCCCAAACCCCCAGCCCCCACUUCCGCAAGCCCCUUUGAGGAGUGUAAGCCCAAACCCUCAGCGCCCAAAUUUGCAAACCCGUUUGAGGGGUGGAAGCCCAAACCCCCGGCCCCCACCUUUGCAAGCCCAUUUGAGGAGUGGAAAUCCAUCUAUGCAAGCCCAUUUGGGGGAGGGGGGUCCAAACCUCCACCCCAUAAACCUACUUGAGCUGAUGGAGUCCAAAAUACCACGCACCUACCUCCCCUUACUUAUGUCCAAACAAUCCGCCACCCACCCUGUGAUUUAUAUAAGCAGAUCAUUUUGAAAAAUCAGUUUACUAAAGUAAAAUAUUUGACAGUUAAAAAUGUUUAAAUUGUUUAUUGUUUGCACAGAUUUGCCCGUCUGUUUGUAAGCUUGGUUUGUCUUAGGUUUUUGUUUGUAUUUUGAUUACUUUUUUUUAAACAUUCAAAUUUAUGAGGGCAUGUUAAUUUAAAACCUAAAUAAAUUAUUCCACAGUGUUGCAGUCCACUUUGCAGGAAUAACCUGCCAGGUAUUUUUCACAACAUUUGUACAAUAUUUUAUUUUGGUUACAAAUUCUUUCCUUUUUGAAUAAAAUUAUUCAGAACUUCACAGUAUUAUUUAAAAGCACUGAAUGUUCUGUUGGGGUUUAGGAAAGCGGUUGGAUGAGAUUUGAAAAGAGGUUAGAGAAACUAUGCUCAUAAAGUUCCAGUAAUGCAGGCAAGCAACAACAACAAAUCACCCAAGAAACCUGAACUGACAAAAAAAUGUAUUUGUUUAACUUGACAACUAAUUUCCACAUGGUGCUUGUUUGUGUUAGAAAAUUUAACUGCAACCAAUAAUAGUAAUGAUAAUAGUAAAAUAAAAAUCUGUCAUUCAUGUGACUGGCACGUAGACCUGAAGGGAAACAUCCAUUUUGAAUUGCAGCACAGGCGUGUGAAUUUUCUAUCUGUUUCAAGCCACAAAUAUUUUAUUGACCUACAACAGAGGUGCCCAACCCUGUUCCUGGAGAUCUACCUACCUGCAGAGUUAAGUUACAACCCUGCAUCAGCUCACCUGCCUGUUAUUAUCAAGUGCUCCUGAAGAUCUUAAUUAGCUGGUUAAGCCGUGUUUGAUCACGGUUGGAGCUGAACUUUGCAGGAAGGUAGAUCUCCAGGAACAGGGUUGGGCACCACUGACCAACAAUAUUCAGCUCCCGCUGUUAGCUGGGAAUAGUUGCUGCAUUUGGGGUAAAAACGACAGAAUUAUUUAUUGUGUAAAGUGCCAAGAAUAUAAGGAGACCUGGGUUGCACUGUCUGUUCAUUCACACGCAUCUAUUGGAUUGGCAGCUGCCUUUAGCAGUAUCUUUACCGAUUACCUCUGUUGUUCAAAGCAUUCGGCAUGAUUGACUGUGCGUGAUGUCACUUCCAAAUACAAACACGCCCUAUAGAAUAGUCCCGCCCCUGACACUGAUUGACAGGUUUCUGUGUAAGGCAUUCAAAUUCAAAUGCUAAAGGAAGUUUUGGUUACAUGCGCGACACAGUGAGAGUGAAAAAGCAGAUGUGGUAAUUAAUAUUGCUAUUUAAAUAUGACAGGCUCAUAACUUGUUAGACAUGGGAAAUACAGUUGCAAAUAGACUUUGCUUUUCCAUUUGAAAUUUGGCAGUCACUGUGCAUUCGCAAAAACACAAAUGCAAACGGUAAUGCAAGAUUUGCAAUUGCAUUUGGAUUAUGUCUCUAUUUUUGUGUCCACAUAUUGAAAACGCAAUUGAAAAUACAAUUUCCAAUUCCUUUUGAAAACUGUCGGGAAUAUCCUUUCAUACAGAUGAGUCUAGGACAAGGAUACUCAAAUCUGGCUCGCAAGAUCCAAUUUCCUGCAGAGUUUAGCUCUAACCCUAGUCAAACACACCUGAGCAUGCUAAUCAAUGUCUUCAGGAUUAUUAGAAAAUCACAGGUAGGUGGGUUUGAUCAGGAUUGGAGCUAAACUCUGCAGGAAAGUGGAUCUCGCGAGCCAGAUUUGAGGAUCACUGGUCUUGGAUAUGAAUGCAUAUGCACUAAAUUGCACUUUAAGCAUUUUCUUUUAAAUGUUUUUUUUAUGGGAAAUGUUUCAAUUUCAAUGAAGUUUCAAACAUGAUCCAGUUAUGAUAUUGUAGUGAUUUGUGUUGUGUCACAGGGUAGUUGGCAAAAGUACGGAAAUCAAUUAGGAUGCAUCCUGCAAAGAGAUCAUCAUGGUCAGUUCAGAGUAUUUUAACAUUUCAGCCAGCCAAACUGGAAUCAUUUAGUCAUCUAAAACAGAGGUUCCCAACCACUGGGUCGCGACCCACUACCGGGCCGUUGGAAGAAUUGCUACCAGGUCGCAAGAACAUUCUGGGGAAAAUGUGUAUACUAUUUACUGUGCAUUAAUGAUUGCUCUAAUUAUUCUGUAUUUUCGUUGUAUGCGAUUGAUAUGGAGUAUCAAUUUGAAGAUUUCAUGUUAAAUUAGUAAAUGAAAGAUUGCUCUGAUCUGUCAUAUAUUAGGGGUUAAUUAAUGGAGCGCAGUUAAUCCGUGAUUCGUACAAUGAAAUUAAAUGAAAGAGAACUCGGACCAUUACUCACACGCUGUUCUUGCACCCUGCCAAAGCGCGCACAAGCUGAAUCAACAUAUUUUGUUGAUCCUGGAUCAACAUUACUGUCCAAAAAUAUAGACUAAACCUAACCCUACCCAUAAUUUAUUCCUAAAAUCAGUGGGAAAUGAUAGCUCAUUAACAAGGGUGCUCACCCACAAGCAUAGAGACAUGUUUCAGCACACGAAUACCAAGUUGAUUCCUCUUUCAUGUCUCCCUACACUCUAAAAAAUGCUGGGUUAAAUACAACCCAGUGCUUGGUAAAUAUUGGACAGAACACAUGCUGGGUUGUUUUCAACCAAAAGUUGGGUUAAAUGUUUAAGAUAUAUGAAGAUAUAGCCUUCAUAAAUAGCGCACUAGUGUUCUCGUUAAUGCAUCUCUUCCUGAUAGAGACAGAUCUAGAUUCAGUGGUAACAGAGAUCAAU